GGGGCGGGCCCGGGCGGGCCGGGCGGGCGGGCGCCGCUGCCCCUGGGUCCUGGCUCCGCUCUGGCCACGUCCUGGCCAGCAAGGCUGCCGCGCCCGGCCUAACCACUUGGGUCACCAGUCGUGUCCUCCAUGCAGGCCAUGGCUCAGGGGCGCUCCAGCGAGCCCUCGUCUGCCCACCUCGUGCUGCCUGACCCGCGGCACUGCCAGGAGGACACUGCCAGGCCUGGGGACGUGCCCUGAGCAGCCACUGCUGCCCACUGCCCCAUCACCACGCCGAGACGCUCCCGCUCUCCCGGGACACCAGCCACAGCAUCUGCGGGUCACCCACAGCGUCCCAGACCAAGCAGCAGCCCGGGGAGCAGCCGGCCGGAGCCCCAGGCUGACCUGCACAAUGUGGACGGCCCUCGUGUUCAUUGGGGCCUCCUUGCUCUCGUUCAGAAGCCGAGUGGGGGCCCAGGGAUCAGGCACCUCGGUCCUCAGCAGCAGUCAGGAGCAUGGAGUCAGUGAGAAUGCUUCCUCAGGGAUCGGGCCCAGGACCUCCAGCGGGACCUUGGAGACUCUGGCCUUGGCCACAACUCCAGUCACACCAACAUUGGUGACGUCCGUCCUCAGCUCCAGCUCUGCUGCGGCCUUAGCAGGGAUGACACACAGGACAGAGCCGGGCACUUCAGCCCCCUCAGGAGGUAGGCCUGGGUCUGUGCAGUGGAGUACGGCCUCCAAGGCGACUGACCCAGUCACCUCGAGUGUCACAGUGAGGGCUGGUCCCUUGAGCUCCCCAAAUACUUCUGAGCACUCGCCUAGCCCCUCCUCAGCCAGCCCCUCCACGCUGCGGGGACUCCCAGCUCUCAACUCGUUCGCACCAGUCUCUGUCACACAGGCCACCACUGCCGGCCCUGCGACCAACAAGAGUGGGCCAGGCUCCACCACCUUGAACACAACCCAGGGUCCCACCACCCCCACUUCCGAGGUUCAUGGACCCACAACGGCGGGGCCCACCAUCCCCACUCCCAAGGUUCAUGGAGCCACAACAGCAGGGCCCACCACCCCCACUCCCAAGGUUCAUGGAGCCACAACAGGAAGGCCCACCACCCCCACUCCCAAGGUUCAUGGAGCCACAACAGCAGGGCCCACCACCCCCACUCCCAAGGUUCAUGGAGCCACAACAGCAGGGCCCACCACCCCCACUCCCAAGGUUCAUGGAGCCACAACAGUGGGGUCCACCAACUCCACCUCCAGGAUUCAUGGACCCACAACGGUGGGGUCCACCACCCUCCCUUCUGUCACUCAUGGGCCCUCGACAGUGGGCACCUCCACCCACAUACAUGCCCAGACACCAGCCCCCAGUCCAAGCCCUGCAGCGGAACCCACGCCCCCUACCCAGGGGACCCCCAGGCCCCAGACGCCCCUGCCGCCCACCCCUGAGGCCAGCACCACCCCUGCCGGGCUGAGCCUGGGGAGCUCAGGGGCGCCCACGCCGGCAAGCGCAGACGGGAGCCCGCCGAGCAGCCAGGGCCGGUACCUGGUGGUGAGCACCCAGCCGCUUGGCCCCGCGGCGGUGAGCCGGAGCCUGCUGCUGGCGGUGCUGGUGCUGGGCGUGCUGCUGCUGCUUGGGGCGCUGGCGCUGCUCGGCCUGCAGGCCUACGAGAGCUACUCGCGCAAGGACUACACGCAGGUGGACUAUCUCAUCAACGGCAUGUACGCCGACUCGGAGAUGUGACAAGGGCUGCCGCCAGGGACAGAUUUAUUUUUGUAACCGUCAUGGGGUGGCCGGGGGGUGGGGGGGUCCUGACCGGAAUUAAAGCCACAGCUACUUCCA